AUGUCCACCGUCGUGCUGAUCACGGGCGCCAAUCGUGGCAUAGGCAAGGGCCUCCUCGAGAGAUACCUCCAACUACCAAAUCACACCGUCAUCGCAGCCAACCGCAAUCCUGACCAUGCCACCUCCAAAGAGCUCUCUAAGCUCCCUACUGCUAAAGGCACCACUCUGAUCGUGGUCAAAAUCGAUGCCCGUAUCUGGCAGGAUGCCUUCACUGCAGUCGAGACACUUCAAACCGACCACAACGUCAAGCACAUUGACAUCGUCAUUGCCAACGCCGGAGUGGCUUACUGUUAUCCCACGGUUGCCGAAUUGAAGGAGGCUGACUUCGCCGCCCAUAUUGAGCCCAACGUGUAUGGUGUUGUGUCCCUGUAUCAAGCUGUACGUCCGUUGUUGCAGAACUCGACUAAAGAACCGAUUUUCACGACCAUGGGGUCUACAGCUGGCAGUCUAAACACACGACUUCCAUUUCCUAACGCAGCUUAUGGGCCGUCCAAGGCAGCAGCUGCCUGGCUGAUCAUUCAGAUCAACGCUGAAGAAGAAUGGCUCCAUUCGUUUGCAUUGGUCCCCGGCUGGGUUCACACCGAUCUGGGUGAUGGCGGAGCAGUGGCUUUCAAAGUCGAUCAAGCCACAGUCAAUAAUAUGAUGAUCGAAGUGGGUACUUCAUGCGAUGGCAUGAUGGAGGUGCUCUCUGAUACGAGCAAAGCGAAGCACGGCGGGAAGCUGGCACUGUACGAUGGAAACACAAUUCCUUGGUAA